AAAUUCUGGUAGGAAAAGUUUGAUAAGUGGAAGAGAGAGAAAGAGGGCGGGACUGACGGACGGUGACUACGGACAAGAGCACCAUAAAGGAGCGUGCUCUGCAACGAGGACUGAGGGAUUGUCAAAUGCCAUAUUACCCGUGCAAAGACUGAAAGAGCUCCCUGUUUUUAGGCUUUCUCGUCUUCGGACGGAGAGGAUUUCACGGGCUCACCAAACCAUUCCUCUCUCCUUAGUGUGGCUGCCGUCCGAUUGGAUGCUUGUCAGUGUCCAUACUUCUUUAAAUCUCCGUCUACCUCCCUCCCUCUCUCUGAAACAGAGGAAGAAAAUCAAAUAGCUAGAUUUUGCGCCAUCGUUGAGGGUCUUCAAAUCGAUGGUGGGUGUCUAAAAUUUUUUUCCUCACUCUGUUGAACUGGGGAGUGACGUUUGAUGGCAAUGUCGGUGAGCCCCAAAGGGAAGAGGAUGGAGGUGGGGGUCAAGAAGCCGCACCACCGCCAGAACGGCGGGAGUCCGGAGGGCUCGACGGCCAAGGUGUCGCCGGAUGCACCGCCGCGGUACCAAUUCCCGAAGAGAGUUCCGGUGGUCUACUACCUCUACAGGAACCGGCAUCUCGAGCACCCGCAUUUCAUCGAGGUCCCUCUUUCUUCCUCCCACGGCCUCUUCCUCAGAGAUUUCAUAGAGCGCCUGAAUGUUCUAAGAGGGAAGGGGAUGCCCGCCUUGUACUCAUGGUCUUGCAAAAGGAGCUAUAAGAAUGGGUUUGUGUGGCAUGACCUCUGCGAAGAAGAUCUGAUCUACCCCACAAACGGGAAUGAGUAUAUUCUAAAGGGCUCUGAACUAUUAGAAGAGAUUCCAUGUUCCCUUACAUCUGAUCGGCAGCAACAUCAGCAACAGCAAUUACAGCAACCACCACCAGUUCUUCAAACCAAGCAACACCAGGAGUCCUCUUCAGCAUCUACUUCCUCCUCUCCAGGCGCGGGAAAGCUCUCCCGGUCGUCGGAUUCUUCCCCUUCGAGCGCCGGACAGGAGUACAAGCUCUUCAAAGCUGCGGCGACAAAGCCGGCCGCGGCCGACGUCGCGACGCAGACGAGCGACCCCGUGCGUCAGACAUGCAGCAGAGGGGUGUCGACGGAGGAACCGGAGGAAGAGCCGGAGGACGAGGACGACGACGGCGGGCGGGAAGAGCCUGUGGAGGCCGACCCGAGUCGCGCGUCGCCUCCGCCUUGCUCGACGUCGUCGGGCGAGAAGGAGAAGCCCGAGACGCUCGAGUCGCUGAUCAGCGCUGACCGGAAGCUCCGGAGCUUCCGAUACAUAUCGGACGACUCGGUAAUGUAUCGUCCCGAGAGCUCCAAGCCGAGGGUGACGGACAUGCUGAUGCAGCUCAUCUCUUGUGGUUCCAUCUCGGUCAAGGACCACGGUUUCGGCCUCGUCCCCACGUACCGGUCUCGGGUUUUUGCCGGAGAGAGCCGGAGGUUCGGCGACUCGGGUCGGUACCCGUGGAAAUCCGGUCUUUUGUGCGAGUUGGACUCGCUCUGCGAGAACCCUAGACUCAUGGGGAUCAGGUUGGAGGACAAGGAGUACUUCAGCGGCAGCCUGCUGGAGACGAAGAAGCGGCAGGAGGAAGGCGCCAACCCUGUUCCUUCUCUCAAGCGAUGCUCCUCCUAUAACGCCGAGAGGGGUGGCAAAUCAGAUGCCAAGCAGGAACAACCAGAGGAGCCAGCUCGUUCCAAAUGCAUCCCUCGGACCAUAAAAUCUGCACACAACAAGCUGGCCAGAUCUCCACUUGCCGACAACCCACGGAAGUCGUCUGCUCGCUACCCUGAUGAAUGUGCUUCUUUGCAGAACGGUGGCAGACAUAUUACUGAAGCAUCCUCAUCAGAGAGGAAAUCUUCGAAGAGAUUUGAGUCUUUCAGGGAAGGAGAGAAGGAUAAGAUUAUCAAGAUUGAAGAAAGCUUCCUUCAGGAGCUCGGGUUAUAAUACAAGCAAAAGCUGCCAGUGAGGACAGUGAAGGCAGCAGCAGCAGUUGCUGAGUGUAACCGGACAGCUAUGAGCUAACUCCUAUGAUGGAUGGGGUUGCCUACCACCCCCUUUUGCUGAACUUAUCGGAAUGAAAAAAAGAACAAAAAAUUGGAGUGCUUGUAUCCACUAUUCACACCUCCUCUCACGUCCUUUUGUUUGUAUUUUGUAUGUAAUAUCCUCUUGUUCCGUUCUGCCCUCUCCCCUCAUGCCAUAGGAAUCGGUGUCUCCUUUUUCUCUUUUCUGUAAUCUGCGAUAUAUUUAAUUGUCAUUAUAUAAUAACAGCAAUUCUCUUA